CCUUAAUGCACUAGUCUCAGAAUUUGAACUAUGGAGAUGGAGAAGAAGCCCAGCUAGUCAAGUCCACCACCCACCACUUUCACUCUAGCUUUAUUAAAGUUAAUAGUUUUUCAGUCCAUAAAAGUGAAUAACUUGCAGAGUGUACACCACCACCCACUCUAUCUUCCUCCCAAGUCUCACCAAUGUCUCUCUCUAUCUCCAUCCCUAUCUUCCUCUUCUUCUUCUUCUUCUUCUUCUUCUUAGCUUCAGCUUCUUCAGAUUCCAAGACCUUCAUAGUUCAAGUCCAACCUGAUUCCAAGCCCUCAGUUUUCCCAACCCAUAAACACUGGUAUGAGUCUUCACUGUCCUCAUUAUCUUCUGAACCCACACCGUUGAUACAUACUUACAACACAGUCUUCCAUGGCUUCUCUGCCAAGCUCUCUCCUUCCCAAGCCCAAAAGCUCCAGUCCUUGCCUCAUGUUUUGGCUCUCAUUCCCGAGCAAGUGCGUCGCCUCCACACCACUCGCUCGCCGGAGUUCCUCGGCCUCCGGUCCACUGACACUGCUGGGCUUCUCAAAGAAUCGGACUUUGGUUCGGAUCUCGUGAUCGGAGUUAUUGAUACCGGAGUUUGGCCCGAGAGGCAGAGCUUCAACGACCACGACCUUAGUCCGGUUCCGUCCAAAUGGAAGGGCCAGUGCGUCGCCGGAGAGAACUUUCUGGCUAGUUCGUGUAACCGCAAGCUCAUCGGAGCGAGGUACUUCUGCGGCGGGUACGAGUCCACCAACGGCAAGAUGAACCAGACUACGGAGUUUCGAUCUCCCAGAGACACUGACGGCCACGGCACUCACACCGCCUCGAUCGCCGCCGGCCGUUACGUCUUUCCGGCGUCUACUCUCGGCUAUGCUAAAGGCGUCGCCGCCGGCAUGGCUCCCAAGGCCCGGCUAGCAGCCUACAAGGUCUGCUGGAACGCCGGCUGUUACGACUCUGACAUUCUCGCCGCCUUCGACUCCGCCGUCGCCGACGGAUGCGACGUCGUCUCCCUCAGCGUCGGCGGGGUCGUUGUCCCCUACUACCUUGACGCCAUUGCCAUCGGAGCCUUUGGAGCCUCAGACGCCGGAGUAUUCGUCUCGGCCUCGGCUGGAAAUGGCGGCCCCGGUGGGCUCACGGUGACCAAUGUAGCUCCAUGGGUCACCACCGUCGGCGCCGGAACAAUCGACCGUGACUUCCCUGCUGAUGUUAAGCUUGGCAACGGCAGAAUCAUCCCCGGCAUGAGUGUUUAUGGCGGGCCGGGUCUCCCCCCGGGUCGGAUGUUCCCGUUAGUUUACGCCGGCAGCGAAGGCGGUGAUGGGUACUCCUCUUCUCUAUGCCUAGAAGGUUCUCUUGACCAAAGGCUGGUGAAGAACAAGAUAGUUGUUUGCGACAGAGGAAUCAAUUCAAGAGCUGCAAAAGGUGAGGUGGUGAAGAAAGCCGGAGGAGUUGGCAUGAUUCUUGCAAAUGGUGUCUUCGACGGUGAAGGACUAGUAGCCGACUGCCACGUCUUACCUGCCACCGCCGUCGCUGCUUCCACCGGUGACGAAAUAAGGCAGUACAUAACAGCUGCGUCCAAGUCCAAAUCACCACCAACAGCUACCAUUUUGUUCAAGGGUACUCGAAUCCGUGUCAAACCAGCACCGGUAGUUGCCUCAUUUUCGGCCCGUGGCCCCAACCCGGAAGCGCCGGAAAUACUGAAGCCGGAUGUGAUAGCACCUGGACUGAACAUACUUGCAGCUUGGCCGGAUAAAGUGGGGCCAUCAGGCAUUCCUUCGGAUAAGAGAACCACCGAGUUCAACAUUCUUUCGGGUACGUCAAUGGCUUGCCCACACGUUUCAGGUCUGGCCGCCUUGUUGAAGGCGGCCCACCCGGAAUGGAGUCCGGCUGCUAUUAGAUCGGCUCUAAUGACGACAGCCUACACCGUCGACAAUAGAGGCGAGACGAUGCUUGACGAGUCUAGUGGGAAUACUUCGACAGUUAUGGACUUUGGGGCUGGCCAUGUCCAUCCGCAAAAGGCAAUGGACCCUGGAUUGGUUUACGACAUAAGUUCAUCCGAUUAUGUCGAUUUCUUGUGUAAUUCCAAUUACACGACUAAGAACAUCCAGGUGAUCACUAGGAAAGUAGCAAAUUGCAAUGGGGCAAAGAGGGCAGGCCAUUCGGGGAAUCUGAAUUACCCAUCAUUGUCUGUGGUUUUCCAGCAAUACGGAAAGCGAAAGAUGUCUACGCAUUUUAUUCGGACGGUCACAAAUGUUGGGGACCCGAAAUCGGUUUAUCAGGUGACGAUCAGGCCACCCCGGGGAAUGUCGGUGACAGUGAAGCCGGAGAAGCUUGCGUUUAGGAGGGUGGGGCAGAAAUUGAGCUUCCUUGUGAGGGUUCAAGCUAGGGAAGUCAAGCUUUCUCCUGGAAGUAGUAGCAUGAAGAGUGGGUCUAUACUGUGGUCAGAUGGGAAACACACUGUGACUAGUCCUUUGGUUGUGACAAUGCAACAACCUCUAGUUUAGUUCAAUGGUGUUUGUGCUUGUGUGUGUGAGAAAUGGAGAGAGAAAUAGGGCUUUUGGGUUUUGGGUGUUAGGAAUUUUGCACUACUCUCCCUAAGAGGAAUUUUGCACUAUCCUUGUUACAGAAGGUUCAUAAGUCUCUAUGUCUAUGUAUGUAUAAUGAGAGUGUAUUUUCAAAGUUUUCCGAUGCAGAAAACUGGUGGGGGUGGGGUUGGUCUUGUAAUGCACAGUCAGAGGUGGGCAUAUCUGUGUUGUUAUUGUACCUUGUAAGAUUAAGAGAUGAAAAAGAUGGUUUUUUCUCUGUGUAAUUUACACUU